AUGUUGGCAUUCGGCAACCCAGUCUCAACACAGAAGAGCCGGAUAGAGUUCAAGCACGCGUCGACGUGCUCGUCCAGGACUUGGCUAAGGCGUUCAGAAGCCAUAAACUUAAGUUGGUGGUUGUUGUGCGAGCUCGGAGGACAUGAGAUUGGCCUUGACGGCAGAAAUAAUCUCCAGUGCGACACGCAGGUGCAUCUCAUGGAGGUGGCCACAAUGACAGUCAACGGCGCCCUCGAGCAAGCGGACAGCGGCGCUGCAGAGCCUGCUGCCCUGCGCGUUGCGCUUGUUCCAAGUGCGCAUCCCUCCUAUGCCGCCAUCGAAUGA